CCACAUUGAGCAUCAUCAGUUCAGUUUCUAACCACAAAUCCAUCUGUUUAUAAUGGCAGAUACUGUGAUUUCCUCUGUCCUUGAUAACUUGUUCCAAUUGCUAGCACGCGAAGCCAGUCUGCUGUGUGGUGUGGAUGACAAGGUUAGAUCCCUUCACAGUGAGCUCAGCAUGAUAAACGUGCUCCUCAAAACAUCUGAAGGCAAAACCAAGAACGGAAUAGACAAAGAAGCUCUUCGCCAGAUCAGAGAUGCCGCUCAUGAGGCUGAGGAUGUCAUCGACACCUUUGUUGUCAAAGUGGCUAUGCACAAGCGUCGAACCAAGCUGGGGAGGAUGCUCCAUGGUUUUGAACAUGCAAAGUUGCUCCGGGAUGUGUCUGCGAAAAUAGACAGCAUCGAAGCCACUAUCAAUAAAAUAAGAGACAACAAGAUCAAGCUCACCGAUGUCGUCCCACAAGAAAGUGAAUCAUCGACGUCAACAAGAGAAGAGGAGGAGAGGAUUCUGUUGAUGCACAAGAAGAGAAGAAUUGUGGAAGAACAUGGUGUAGUUGGUUUUGUUGGUGAAUCUAAGGCAGUCAUCCAGCUGCUUAAGGAAGAGAGUUCCCAAAGCAACGUUGUGUCCAUCAUCGGUAUGGGUGGGUUGGGCAAAACCACCCUUGCUCGAAAGGUCUAUAACACGGAUGAGGUGAUGUCAUAUUUUCAUUGUCGUGCAUGGGUUUAUGUUUCAAAUGAUUGCAGAGUUAUGGAGCUUUUGAUUGGCCUUAUCAAGUCUUUGAUGCCUGAUGAGAUGAAGCGAAUUGACCUCUUUAGCUUGAGUGUGGAUGAACUAAAGCUCAAGGUGCAAGAUUUCUUGACCAUGAAAAGGUAUCUGAUAGUCCUUGAUGACCUCUGGAAUACUCGAGAUUGGGAUGAGAUACAAGAUGUUUUUCCAAACGACAAUAACGGUAGUAAAAUACUCAUUACUAGCCGUUUGAAAGAGGUGGCAUCCCAUACGAGUCCAUAUCCUCCUUAUUACCUUCAGUUCCUUGGUGAUGUUGAAAGUUGGGAACUCUUUUCCAGGAGAGUGUUUCGAGGAGAAGAGUGUCCUUCUGAUAUAGAGCAACUUGGAAAACAGAUGGUCAAAAGUUGUGGCGGUUUGCCACUCUCCAUUAUUGUUUUGGCAGGGUUACUUGCAAAGAAGGGGAAGUCACACAAGGAAUGGUCCAAAGUUGUGGGACAUGUCAACUGGUUUCUUAUUCAAGAAGAUAAGACCCAAGUCAAGGACAUUGUACUCAAACUCAGCUACGACAACUUGCCUACAAAACUAAAGCCGUGCUUUCUGUAUUUCGGGAUCUACCCUGAAGAUUUUGAGAUACGUGUAAGGCCAUUGCUGCAAAAAUGGGUUGCUGAGGGAUUUAUUCAACAAACUGGAACCAGAAAUGCAGAGGAUGUUGCUGAAGACUACUUGUAUGAGCUCAUUGAUCGUAGCUUGGUUCAAGCAUCGCGAGUGGACUUUAAUGGAGAUGUGAAGGCAUGUCGCAUCCAUGAUCUUCUUCGAGAUCUUUGCAUCUCUGAGGGCAAAGAGCACAAGAUUUUUGAAGUUUGCUCAGAUGUUAACACUUUGGAUAGAUCAAAACCACGCAGGCUCUCUAUCCAAUGCCCCAUGCAUCGCUAUGCUUCUUCAAGCAAUGAUGACCAUUCAUGUGUCCGCUCUUUGUUUCACUUUGGCCCAAGAGGGUAUUGUGAUUUUACCCCCGGUGAGCAGAAAUGGCUCUUCAAAUCGUUCAAACUGGUUCGGGUAUUAGAUCUUGGGUACAACUAUUUCAGCAAAGUCCCUUCCAACUUGGGCUUAUUUAUCCAUUUAAGGUAUCUAAGAAUAUACAUAAUGACAGCAAUAAGUCCUCAACACAUUGCAGAUUCUAUAUGUAAACUUGAAAACUUACAAACUUUGGACAUAGGUGGGGUGCCGAUUCCAAUAGUAUUUCCUAAGGGAGUAUGGAACCUUAAACAACUUAGGCAUUUGAAUACAGCAGGAUGGGUCCUCCUAGAAGACCACUAUGGUUCAAAAGCACAUGAUCAAGUUAUGUUGAAUCUUCAAACCAUCUCUUUCAUUGCAUUCACUGAACAGAUUGCAGACAUGUUAAAGAAAGGAAGGUUUCCCAAUCUACGAAAGUUGGGUUUGAACAUCUUGCCGUUCCUCAGAGACGACAUGCAUGAGAUGUUAUCAAGCCUACAACAAUUAACUCAUCUGAACAAGUUACGACUCUUCUUUGACAGGGAACGGCAGAUCGGUUGCAAGCCAAUUGAUUUGUCACAGAGCCUGCAGCACUUGUCGAAUCUGAGCACUUUAAAAGUUGAUGAAGCUUUUAACCUUGCAACGUUUGAUAUUGCAUUUCCACCAUGCAUUACAAAAUUAACGUUGACAGGCAUUAGCAUCAUGAAUGAUGAUGGGAUGAAUGCCAUUGGUAAUCUUACUACACUCCGACUUUUGAGAUUGUAUGGAACAGGUAAAUUUGAUGAUUCCUUUGAGAUUAAUUGCACUGCAAACAGUUUCCCACAGCUCCAGGUUUUUGAGAUGGAGAAGCUGAAUGUUGACAACUGGAAAUUAGGCAAUGGUGCAAUGCCAUGCCUUCAAGCUCGGCUUAUCGGAUACUGUGAAAGAUUGGACGAUCUCCCAGACGAACUGUGGUCUUUGACUUCCCUGAGACAAGUAAAAGUUGUGGAACCCUCCCAAGCAUUGUCUCUUGCCGUAGCAAAUUUGGAAAUGAAGGAUGGAUGUGAGCUCAUAAUAACAGAGGGGUAUCAAUAUAGAUUUCGAGUUUGAAUCAAAUUUAGCCUUAACACUUAUGAUUAUAA